AUGUCAGAUGUCAACACAAUUGGCGCUAACUCUUUCAACGGGUGCUCAAGCUUAUCUACCAUUAAUUUUGGAGGUUCUGCAAAGUACAUUAAUAGCUAUGCUUUUGGAUCAUGCACAUCAAUUACAAAAAUAAAUAUCUCAUCAACCAUUAAUACAAUUUCAAGUAACGCAUUUUAUUAUUGUACCAAACUAGAAAGUUUUAUUGCAUCAUCUUCAGUUAAUUCAAUUGAAAACAGGGCAUUUAGUUCUUGCUCUAAUUUAGCUCACUUAUACUUUGCAUCCACUGUUCAAUCCAUUAGUAACUCUACUUUUUACCAAUUUGCCAAAUUAGUAGAUGUAGUAUUCAAUUCUUCGGUAGGAACCAUAAAUUCUAAAGCAUUUCAAAGUUGCUCUUCAUUAAAUAGUGUAACAUUUGCUUCUUCUGUAAAUACAAUUGGAACUAAUGCAUUUUCUAAUUGCAACAAACUAGUAAAUGUUAAUUUUUUUAAUGGAUGCUCAACACUCGAAACUAGUGCUUUCUAUGGAUCAAAAAUUUCCAAUAUUUAUAUUGCAGGGUCUAUUUCAACGAUCAGUAAUAAUUGCUUUACAAGCUGUACAAUAGGAACAAUAAAUUUAAAUUACAGUAAUCUUCAAACUAUUAAUAGUUAUGGAUUCUAUCAAAGUAGAAUUGAUAAUAUUUAUUUACCUGCAACUCUAUCAAGUAUUAAUUCAUAUGCAUUUUAUGGUUCCAAUAUUGGUAAUUUUAUAAGUUCAGGAGGGUCAGUUUACGCAUCUGAUCAUGCAUUUCAAUCUAGCAGUAUAACAAAUGCAAUUUUCCCAUAUAUUAAAUCAAGAGGUUCGUAUGCAUUUAGUUCUUCUACCAUUUCAACACUAACAUUUACUAAUGACACAAAUUCAAUAAUAGGCUAUUUAUUUUCUUAUUACGAUUAUUAUUCUUAUUAUAGUAGCACAAUUAAUAAUCUAAUGGUUCCAAGUUCAAUUAAAACAAUUGGUAGUUAUUCAUUUUAUCAAACAUCUUUAUCACGUCUAACUCUCAGUGAAGGAAUCCAAACAAUUAACGAUUAUGCAUUUUACAAAUGCUCACUUAGGGAACUUACAAUUCCAGAUUCACUUCAGUAUAUUUAUUCAUAUGCUUUUUAUAAAUGCCCAAUAUCAACAAUAAAUAUUAAUAAUAUUACAAGUAAAUUAAUCCAAAUUGGAUCAUCUGCAUUUAACGGGACAUAUAUAAGUUCUAUUCAACUACCACCAUCAUUUCAAAGCCUUGGUAGUUAUGCAUUUAGUGGAACAUAUAUUAAUUAUCUUGGAAUUUCAAAUCAGACUUCUCUUGGAUCAUAUAUUAUUUUUGGGAGCCCCAUGACUUCAAUAGAAAUUCCUGAUGGAAUUACAUCAAUAGGUAGUUAUGCAUUUGCAAAUAGCAAUAUUGUUUUUGCAAAAUUGCCAACAACUCUUGUUACAAUUGGAGAUGGGGCAUUUCAAAACACGCCACUAGUUAAAUUAGUUUAUUUCUAUCAUGGAAAUUCAAUCAACAGUUACGCUUUUCAGAAUACACUUAUUAGGAAAAUAAUAAUCCCAGAAGGUAUCCAAUCAAUAGGUUCAUAUGCUUUUAAUAAUUGCCCAUUAAGAGAAAUUAAAUUGCCUAGUACAUUAAAAUAUAUAAACUCAUACGCUUUUUAUAAUACUUCGCUUAGUGAAAUUAACUUUCCUGCAAAUCUUUAUUCAAUUGGUGAAAGUGCAUUUCAAUUAACAUUUAUCACAAGACUUGAUCUACCAUCGGGGUUAUAUUCAAUUGGAAAUAAUGCAUUCAGAAAUCUUAGAAUAACUGAUGUGAAUGUUCGAAAUUCACUAAAUUCUAUUGGCUCAGGAGCAUUUGCAAAUACUUCAAUAACCUCAUUUUAUCUCCCUGAAGGAUUAUCAUCAAUAUCUUCAGAGCUUUUUAGAGACACAUAUCUGUCGAAUCUUUCAAUUCCAAGUACUCUGCGGUAUAUUAAUUCAAACGCUUUUGCCAAUACACCACUGAACCAUAUUGAACUUCCAUCCGGUUUCUAUCAAUUAUACGAUGAGGCUUUCCGUGAUUCAAAUAUUUCAAAUAUUUCUUUGAAAUCUCUAAACUAUAUUGGUUCCGAUGUAUUUCGGAACUGUCCUCUCCAACAAAUAAAGCUCCCAGAUAAUUUACAAUCAAUUUCUACGAGAACAUUUCGAUAUUCAAAUAUUUUAAAUCUUACAAAUUCAAGAAACUUACAAAUUAUAUAUGACGAUGCAUUUGCAUAUUGUCCAUUAGAAUAUAUAGAACUUCCGGAAGGAUUCACUACAAUAUAUGAUUUCGCAUUUAGGUAUAGCAAUAUCACUCAUAUCAAAGUUCCAAGUACCCUUAGUUCGGUUGGUUCUUAUGCAUUUUAUUGUAGCAAACUAGAAGAAUUCAAUUAUUCACAAAAAAUUAAGUUUCAAGAGUAUACAUUUGCAUAUACACCAAUGAAAUAUCUCGAAAUUAAAGAAGAAAUUGGAGUAAUUUACAAUUAUUCUUUUGCUUAUACAAAUUUAACCGAAUUAAAAGUACCAAGUUCAAUUUAUUAUAUUAAUACUUUUGCAUUUAUGGGUAGCAAACUAAAGAAUAUCACUAUAAAUGCUACGGGUUUAACAACUAUUGGUUAUAGUGCAUUUGAAAAUAGUGGAAUAGAAUAUGUUAACAUUCUGUCAAAUCUCUAUGAAAUUGAAAUUAAUGCAUUUAGAAACAGUCAUUUGAUCAAUAUUACUCUUACUAAUACGCUGUACAGAUUUGGUUCGUCAGCAUUUGAAGGAACUCAUCUUGAAUCAUUCAAUGUUCCAGAUUCUAUAGUCAAUAUUUCUUAUUGCUUAUUCACUCGCAGCACUUUAAAGCAUGUAUAUUUACCUCCAACUGUGAUUAGAAUAUUUGAAUAUUCGUUUAACGGUACUCAAAUUGAAAAUAUUACAUUUCCACCGAACAUUUAUCGACUAGAUGAAUAUUGUUUAGCAUACUCUAAAUUGAAAUAUAUUUCUCUUCCAAGUGGUUGCCAAGUAAUUGAUUCCUAUGCUUUUUAUGCAACUCCAAUGACUGAUUUAUAUUUAAAUGAUGGAUUGACAUAUUUGGAAGAUUAUGCACUUGCAGGAACAAAUCUUACCAAAAUAAGAUUCCCUUCUUCCCUUUAUACAAUUGGAGAAUAUUGUUUCCAAAACAGUGCUUCGACUUAUAUUGAGCUUCCAGAAGGUUUAUACAAGAUUGAUUCUUAUGCUUUUGCAAGCAGUAACUUGACUGUGCUAAAUAUGUCUUCUACAAUUAAUAUAAUAUAUGACUAUGCGUUUGCAAAUUGUCCAAUGACAAAUUUAACAGUUACUAAUUAUUGCCAAAGUAUUGGAAAUUAUGCAUUUGCUAAUAGCAAUUUAGUAAAUAUCACAUUCCCCAAUUCUUUAAGAAGCAUCGGAAGUUAUGCUUUUAUAGGAUGUCCAUGCACAAAUUUGUCUCUAAAUCCUGGAUUUUCAUCAUUAUUAUCAAAUGCAUUUACUUAUAGUAAUGUCAAAUAUUUAUAUUUACAAAGUAUUAAUCUAAUAGAUACAGAGGUAUUUUAUAACUCCUCUAUUGAAAUGAUCAAGUUCCCAGCAAUUUCUUCAUUAGAAAUUAGAAGAUAUGCAUUUGCUUAUUGCACAUUACCAGAUAUUAUCCUUCCAUAUGGUAAAUAUAGUAUUGGAAAAUUCAGUUUUAGAGGUACAAAAACUAAAUUGCUUGUAAUACCUUCAACAAUGUCACAAUUUAUUAACUGGUCAUUUGUUGGAUGUAUUGUUGAUCAACUUAAUAUUCAAGAAGGCUUAACAACAAUCCCAGAAUUCUAUUUCUCAAUGAAUGACUUCUACCACAUUUCUCUUCCAUCAACACUAAGAUACAUAGGAAGACAUGCUUUCAUGUGUGUUUGGAUGAGCGAAAUUUCAAUUCCAGCCGGCUGCAAUGUUUCCCACAAAGCAUUUGAAAAUUGUCAAAAUCUCAAAAGAAUUACUAUUGGUGCCAAUUGUAUAAUCAAUGCUGGUGCAUUCUUUAUGUGCAAUAAUACUGAAGUUGUAACUGUAUCUGAGAAUAUUGAAUACACAGAUAUGGCAUUUGGUGAUCUUCAAAACAUCUCCCUUAUUUACACUGGCACUAAUGAUGUUACAGAACUUAAUGCAACAUUGAAUUAUCAACAAAUUGCAGCAAAUGUAACAGUUCCAUGCAAUUAUAACAGCACAACAUUUUGUGGAAAAAGAAUUAUAAAAUCAGACUGCGAUUCAUGA